AUGCGUGUGCAGGCAAGUCCCUUCGUAACCCGCAAGCACCAUGUUCCGGAUCCUCGUGAUGGAGAGGGUUAUUGCUGGGUCAGUGUUAUACUCUCACCGGAGGCGAGGAAUGGUACCCAUAGUGAUGCAGAGAUUAUGCUCUUUGUAAUCCAGAAGUGUAAAGCUGGUCAAACCGCCCUGACCCACCAACCACUGCAUGGGCUGGGGGACCAUUGUAUCUCGUUGCCAGUCAAAUGGAACACACCUAGACAGAAUCUGCGCACAGUUCGGGAGCAGGCUGCGGCUCUCGCAUCAUGGUGGUUUGUGCAAAUUCACCAAAAGAGGGUUACCAUUGACCAGGAGAUGACUUUUGAUGACCGUACCACAGGAGGAUUCAAAAACAUGUUGGAUGUGAUCCCGCCCAAGUGGGAAAAGCCCAAGUAUUCAAAUUAA